GCGGAGCGCAGGGCAGCGCGGAGCAGAGGCUGGGCCAGCAGCCGCUCUGCUUCCCCGGACCGGCGCGCCGCGGGGCCCUCUGGCCCCCGACGACAUGCGCAUGGCGUCCCGGGGAACACGCUGAGCGCGGGGCCGCGGCGCCGCGGGCGGCACCAUGGCCCUAGAGCAGGCGCUGCAGGCGGCGCGGCAGGGCGAGCUGGACGUGCUGAGGUCCCUUCACGCCGCCGGCCUACUGGGGCCCUCGCUGCGGGACCCGCUGGACGCGCUGCCGGUGCACCACGCGGCCCGCGCCGGCAAGCUGCACUGUCUGCGCUUCCUGGUGGAGGAGGCGGCCCUGCCCGCAACGGCCCGCGCGCGCAAUGGUGCCACGCCGGCCCACGACGCCGCCGCCACUGGCCACCUCGCCUGCCUGCAGUGGCUGCUCUUGCAGGGCGGCUGCGGAGUGCAGGACAAAGACAAUUCUGGUGCCACAGUCCUGCAUCUGGCUGCCCGCUUCGGCCACCCUGAGGUGGUGAACUGGCUGCUGCGUCAUGGCGGUGGGGACCCCACCAUGGCCACAGACAUGGGUGCCCUGCCUGUCCACUAUGCUGCCGCCAAAGGAGACUUCCCCUCCCUGAGGCUUCUGGCCGGACACUACCCUGAGGGAGUGAAUGCCCAAACCAAGAACGGUGCCACGCCCCUGUACCUGGCGUGCCAAGAGGGCCACCUGGAGGUGACGCAGUACCUGGUGCAAGAGUGCGGCGCGGACCCGCACGCGCGCGCCCACGACGGCAUGACCCCGCUGCACGCCGCGGCGCAAAUGGGCCACAGCUCAGUCAUCGUGUGGCUGGUGAGCUGCACCGACGUGAGCCUGUCGGAGCAGGACAAAGACGGCGCCACGGCUAUGCACUUCGCGGCGAGCCGCGGCCACACCAAAGUGCUCAGCUGGCUGCUGCUGCACGGCGGCGAGAUCUCGGCAGACUUGUGGGGCGGGACCCCGCUGCACGACGCCGCGGAGAACGGGGAGCUGGAGUGCUGCCAGAUCCUGGUAGUCAACGGCGCGGAGCUGGACGUCCGCGACCGCGACGGGUACACGGCCGCCGACCUGUCGGACUUCAACGGCCACAGCCACUGCACCCGCUACCUGCGCACCGUGGAGAACCUGAGCGUGGAGCACCGCGUGCUGUCCCGGGACCCAUCUGCGGAGCUGGAGGCAAAGCAGCCCGACUCUGGCAUGUCUUCGCCCAACACCACCAUGUCUGUCCAGCCACUGAAUUUUGACCUCAGCUCGCCCACAAGCACCCUCUCCAACUAUGACUCCUGCUCAUCCAGCCACUCGAGCAUCAAGGGCCAGCACCCUCCACGUGGGCUUCCUGGCACAAGAGCUGCAGACAUACAGAGCUACAUGGACAUGCUGAACCCUGAGCUGGGCCUGCCUCGGGGCAAGAUGGGGAGACCUAUACCGCCACCACCACCACCCAGCUUCCCUCCACCACCCCCACCUCCGGGCACCCAACUGCCCCCGGCCCCUCCAGGCUACCCAGCUCCCAAGCCCCCGGUGGGGCUACAUGCAGCUGACAUCUAUAUGCAGACCAAGAACAAACUCCGCCAUGUGGACACUGAGGCCAGCAAGAAGGAGCCAAGCUCCUGCGACGGCCACAACGGGCUGCGGAGGCAGGACUCCGGACGCAAGCCCCGCGCCUUCAGCAAGCAGCCCAGCACGGGGGACUACUACCGCCAGCUGGGCCGCUGCCCCGGGGAGCCGCUGGCCGCUCGCCCCGGCAUGGCGCACAGCGAGGAGGUGCGUGCCCGCCAGCCCACGCUCGCCGGCCGCCCGAGACCCGGCCCUGCCGCCCGCGGCUCACUCGCUGGUGCCUCCGCUCCCCCGCAGGCGGCGCUGCUCCCCGGGAACCCCGUGCAUAACGGCUGCGCCGCGGACCCCAAGGCGUCCAGGGAGCUGCCGCCGCCACCCCCGCCGCCGCCGCCCCUGCCUGAGGCCCUGAGCUCACCGCCGCCUGCCCCGCCUCUGCCCUUCGAGGGCGCUGGCCCUGGCUGCGGGCAACGUCGCUCCUCGUCGUCCACCGGCAGCACCAAGUCUUUCAACAUGAUGUCCCCGACGGGCGACAACUCAGAGCUACUGGCUGAGAUCAAGGCGGGCAAGAGCCUGAAGCCGACGCCGCAGAGCAAGGGGCUGACCACAGUGUUCUCAGGCAGCGGGCAGCCGGCCUCCCAGCCAGACUCGCCGCUGCCGCCGGUGUCGCCUGAGCCAUCACCGGCCCGGAGCCCCACCCCGCCGGCAGCGGGCCUCCAGCCGCUGCUCAACGGCAGCUUGGCGCCGGCGCCGCCGGCCACCCCAGCGCCGGGCGUGCAGCUGGACGUGGAGGCGCUCAUCCCCACGCACGACGAGCAGGGCCGGCCCAUCCCCGAGUGGAAGCGCCAGGUGAUGGUGCGCAAGCUGCAGCUGAAGAUGCAGGAGGAGGAGGAGCAAAAGCGAAAGGAGGAGGAGGAGGAGGCCCGGCUGGCCAGCAUGCCUGCCUGGAGGCGGGACCUCCUGCGGAAGAAGCUGGAAGAGGAGAGGGAGCAGAAGCGGAAAGAGGAGGAGCGGCAGAAGCAGGAGGAGUUGCAGCGGGAGAAAGAGCAGUCGGAGAAGCUGCGGACACUGGGCUACGAUGAGAGCAAGCUGGCGCCCUGGCAGCGGCAGGUCAUCCUGAAGAAGGGGGACAUCGCUAAGUACUAGACGUCACGGCCUCCUUUCCACAGCCUCGCGAGCUCGCCCCCCCCCCGCCCGCCCCGUCCCGGCCUGGGCACAAGGGCUGGGAGUCGCAGUACUGUCCCCUCCCGAGCUGGAAUCCCUCCCUGACCCCUAGCACCCUGGCCCCCGCAUCCCCAGCCCUUGACGCUGGAGCGCGCCCGCCGCCGCAGUAAAAGUGCCCAAGCUGCUGACGCAAAGAAAAAAAAAAGCUGCUUAUUUGCAUGCCGAUUUAACACAUAUUUGCAUGUUGGUCGAAUGUCAAAGUGUGCAGAGCUCUCCCCAGCCCUGUGGGCGGUACUUUGUUUUCCUGCGGAGUGCGCGCUGGGCUGCGGCCCCCACCCCCGCUCCCCGGAACCCGCGUCGCCGGCGCAUCCUGGGCGGAGGCAGGCCCCGAGCUCGGGGACGGGGUUUUCCUCCCUCCCUGACCCAGAUCUGCGCUCAGCCCCAGCCCGGGCCGCAUUUCCCAUCCCCGCCGACGUUUUCCUCUCAGUCAUUUGUUUACCAGAAACGAUGAAGACCGCCCGUCGGGACGCAGUUGCCGCUCCUGGGGCCCCACGUUUGCCCCCGCCUCCCUCCGGUUAGGUCCGCGCCCGGCCCCCAGCCGGGCCCCUGGCUCCGGACCCUUCCACUGCCCUGGUGGAGUGGAGGACGAGGGGCCGAACCUGCGUCUCCAACCGCUGCCCCCGUCGCGCCCCGCCGCUCGCACCCGCAUUAAAGCUCUCUC